CCGCCAAUCUUUCCCUGUUGGAGAAGUUCCCCUGCCAGCUGCCAUGACCGACUCUUAAACACUUCCCAAGGUUUUCUUCCCCUCUCUUCAAUUCGCCCGAAUCUUGCCGCCAUGGAGUCCAAACUUGAUCUCCGCCCAAGGCCUGAAGCCGUCGUCCGCCAAGCUCCGCCAAUUGCAGACCUACGUCGCGUCUGGAUCCACUCCGCCGCCAAGCUCCGCACCCAGGUCGACCGCGUCGGCGGGGCCAACCCCAAUUUCCUCUCCAACGACACCUCGGGGGUCUCCCUCGAGAUCUACGUUGGCUGCCUCCGCGACUCCCUCGUCGGCACCGUCCUCUUCCUCAUCAGCAACCUCUCCCUCUCCUCUCCCCCGGCGGACACCCCUUCCUUCACCGCCCUCCAGAUCCGCCACCCUUUGGGGAGGUGCCACGGCGUGCUCAACAUCGGCGCAUCCGCCAUCGAUGCCGCCGAUUUCACUGCAUGGAAGGGGGAAUCGGCGAUCGGGUUACCGGCGAGAAGAGGAGUGGCGGCGCCGACGGGUUGGAUGGCGGACUGGCGGUUGGUGGGUCGCGACUCGCGAGCAAAGGAGUGAAGGGAGAAGGGAGAAUGGGGCGGCGACGGUGUAGAGCGGCGCCGGCGUCGCCCUUCAGGGUCGGAGAGGGAGAAGGGAGGAGAAUGGCAGUCGGCACUCGGCAGCAAAGGAGAAGAGUGCAUUCGAUAAUUCGAUUAGGGUUAGGACA